UUUGCCGCCGUAGGCCCCCACCCCAGCUCCGCCCGAUCCGUCACCAUACCGAUCGCCAAGUAGUAGUCUCAAUCCCCAUUUGGUUGCCGUCAUACAAAGUUCUCACACCGACAGCACCCCACUCCCGUCCACUUUGCUCGGCACAACAGCCCACCCCGUGCACCUCGUGCUCUCCCCACUCCUCCCGUCUGCCUCCACUUGCGAACACCGUCCAUUACCUCUGCCCCUCCUCCCCUCCUGUCAUCACCUCAUCAUCCAUUUCAUCCCAUCCAUCAUCCUCUUCCGCCCAACCACCCUCCCACCCCUCCCCUCCAAUGUCGGUCGCAGCCGCCCCUCUGGCGGCGCCCAAUACCAUCUCGCCUCAGCGCUCCCGCAGCAUGUCCCCACACUCGAUCCUCCGCCCCUGCUCUUCCGUUGUUGAGCCCUCCAAAGACGCGGCGGGUAACAGGCAGUUCGGAUGGCUUGCUGCGCCGCCAAAAGACCUGGCUGCGCCCCGGCCCUCCCCUGUUGUCGUGGCCGAGCUGCAGCCCCAGGCGCAGAUCUUCACCGCGCCGGCGCACGCGGUCCAUGGCUCACCUACAUCCGACGCCGAGCUCAGCGUCCCGCCCCUCUCUCCAUCUGUAUCGCAGGACAGUGUCGCCGACUCACAACCCUCCCUACCAGAGUCGCUCGAACCCCACGAUGGUGAUAUGACCCCGCGAUCGUCCGCUGCGUCCCCGUGCAUCCGCUUCGGCGCGCUUCCCGAGCGGCCGCCAGAGCUUCGCCGCCGCAACUCGAUCACACUCGGCGUGCUGGCGCGCAAAAACAUGCUCACUGCACAGGGAACUACGGGGCAGGGGAACGUCAAGCGGGUCAUGAUGACCGACGACGAGUGGGAAGAGUACCAGCGCCAGUUCGCGGCAAAGAAUCAGACCAACCAAGCCGUCGACCUCGGUGCCGUGGUGAAGUCUGGCGCGCGCAACUUCUUCGGCAAGCUGCGCCGCGGCUCCAACUCGUCAACGACAUCCACGGCCUUAAAUAGCUCUGUGGCAGCGAGCUCGCCGGCGCGCGGCCGCUCCGAUUCAGCUCCUGGUGCGGCGCCUGUCUCAGCAAACCGCGUCGCGUCGUCACGCGACCGCGUGGCCAUUGCCCCGCCUGUCCCCGAAGAGCCGGAGGAGGCGGGCGACGAGACGCCGCGGCGCGGCCGCUCCCCCUCGCCGAUGCGGCACGCGCCUCACUCCCACCACCACUUUAACCGGUCGCCGUCACCGCCUCGCACGGUCUUCCACGACGAGGACACGCUCAACAAGCAUGAGCACGACGAGCGCCGGCCGACCGACGACGCGUCGUACGAGCGCAUGCGGCACUACACAAGCACCGAGGCGAGCCUCGGCUUCGAGAUGUCCAAUUACGCUUCGGACGGGCGGCCAGCAUUUGCGCGCAGCGCCUCGGGCGCGUAGUGCGGGCGGACGCGCAGUGGUCACCGAAGCGUAGUGCCCCACCCCGCACGCUAGCAUGAGCGCGACAGCACUGCUCGCCCGCCCACACUAGCCUGACCCGUCCCGUUAUCUGUCCCCGUACUCGCCUUGAUGCGAGCUAAUACAGCUGCGGUGCCUCCGACCGCGGCUGCGCAUAGAUCUCCGGUAUCGAUCUGUUGAAAAUGCGCGUGUGCGCAGUGUAUUCCUGUAGAGUAUGGAUCUGUCACGACACGCGGAGUGGGGCAUAGUGGGA